AUGGCCACACUCCCUCCUCCGACGCUCCCUGAUGAUUUGAUCGUGAAUAUUCUGUCGAGGCUGCGUGUGAGAUCUCUGUUGCGUUCCAAAUGUGUCUGUAAGUCAUGGCUUUCUUUAAUAUCCGAUCCUCAGUUUGUGAAAUCUCAUUCUGGCCUAGCAGAAGCCACACCCACCCACCUUCUUCUGAAAUCCUCCAACAAUCCUCAAUUUAAUUGCAUAGACAUAGAGGCAUCACUUCACGAUGAUGGUGAUUCUACGAAAGUAAUCUUUAAUAUUCCACCUCCGUCAUCCGCUUCCGGACCUGUAAGCAGGGUAGAUAUCGUGGGUUCUUGCAGAGGAUUUAUACUCUUAGCCUAUGUGUACGCAAAUUUCUUCUAUUUUGUCAUAUGGAAUCCACCAACCGGUUUCCAUAAACGAAUUGACAAUGUGUCGUCAACCGAUGACUGCGUUGAACGUGUAUUUCGCAUUGGGUAUGACAACUUUGCACUUUUGUUUGGCAUUGGGUAUGACUCGUCAACUGAUGACUACGUGGUGGUAAUCGUAACGGUGUCAUUGCCAUUGCCAUUGCGCAUCACAAGUAGACGUUGGUCCGCGAAGGUCUUUUGUUUCUCUCUGAGAACCAAUCUAUGGAGUUUCACCGAGGGUACUGCUCAGCCUUAUAUUGGGAUGCAGUCCAGUCCCGGGUGCUCUUGA